GACGUGGACUUUCUUCUUUCACACUUUAUAACUAUUUAACCAGUUGGUUAAAAAUUGAUACCAAGUGAGCAAAAUCUUAAGAAUAGAUUCUGGAUGUAUUAUCUGGGGUGCACACGCCACCAGUCAUGGAUUCACCUGUAUCGUCCGCACCUGAGUUGCCUGGCAUGGUUUGUCUGCAGUCACUGAGGUCUCUUUUCCCAGCUACUGUUCGUGGCUUGAUACGACAAAACCGAAUACACAUCCGUAACACAUCAGGGAUGUCGGCAGGGUAUAACCAGGCGAACGUGGUGAUUCUGAACAAGUCUUUAGCAAAUGAUUUUGAGAAAUUUUGCCAAGCCAAUAGUGGCCCGCUCCCUCUAUUAUACCGCAGUGACUCUGGGCAAUGGAAAUGUCCUCCACUAAGCAGUGACUCUGAUAUACGGACGGACUGCCUUCUGUAUCGGAAGUAUGAACAUGGCAUCUACACUGAGAGCCUAGCCAGUCUGGAGAGUUACUCAGACCAACUGAAGGAUAUGGUGACUUUCUACCUAGGUUGCAGCUUUUCCUUUGAAAGUGCAGUGCAGAAACUGGGAGUACCUGUGAGAAAUGUGGAUCAGCAACGGAACGUCAGCAUGUACACGACGACUGUUCCGUGUCAUGAAGUAGGCAAGUUUUCCUGUAAUCUUGUGGUGACCAUGAGACCAGUUCCACAGGAGAAGCUGGAGGCUGCAGUCAUUGCUACACACCCCAUGAAAAAAUCCCACGGGGCCCCGGUGCACAUUGGCUCCCCAGAUUUUCUUGGGAUUAAUGAUCUUCAGAAGACUGAUUAUGGAGAAGCGGUGCAGAUGCAUCCCGGCGAUAUCCCUGUGUUUUGGGCUUGUGGUGUCACAGGCGUCGAAGCUGUUGUUAGUUGCAAAUCCCCCUUGGCUUUUACCCAUUCUCCAGGCUGCAUGUUUAUUACUGAUGUUAAAAAUGAAGACGCUUCAGACCUUUGCGCCAAAGAAGCUCCAAAAGUUGUUCAGAUCUCUUCUGAUCCUCUGCAUUACAGCCUAGUCUCACAGCGGACAGCUGAAAAAAUCAGAUCACUGGAAGAAAUUGUUGGCAUAGACCCAGGUAACAGGGGGAUUAAGAAUCUACUCAUCAAGGAUGAACUUCUGAAGUGCUGCCUCUCUCUGUCCCAUGCCAAAUCCAUACUUAUAACCACUGGAUUCCCCACUCACUAUCAGCAAGUUCCUCCUGAAGAAACGGACGGUCCUCCUGGAGCCCUUGCUAUGGCGGCCAUGUUGCAAGCCCUUGGAAAGAAGGUUGCCAUUGUUACAGAUGGGCAUGCCAUCGACAUGAACAAGAAAAUUGUUCAGGAUGCCGUAGAGCAAGGAGUUCUGAAGAUGACUGUACCUGUGUUAUCUUACAAGGGAGAAACUCCAGAGUGUGCUAUGAAAUUUCUGUGCGAGAAUGGGGACCCCGCUGCACCCAGGUUUGACCAUUUAGUAGCCAUAGAAAGAGCAGGAAGGGCAAGUGAUGGCAAUUAUUAUAAUGCAAGGAAAAUAAAUAUCAAGCACUUAGUGGAUCCCAUUGAUGAUCUGUUUGUUGCUGCACAGACUGUUCCAGGCAUCAGUACAACUGGGGUUGGAGAUGGCGGAAAUGAGUUGGGAACAGGCAAAGUGAAAGAGGCCGUGAAGAAAUAUGUUAGAAAUGGAGACACCAUUGCAUGUGAUGUGGCUGCAGACUUCACUGUGAUUGCUGGUGUGUCCAACUGGGGAGGUUAUGCCGUCUCCUGUGCUUUAUACCUCUUGAAUACCUGUGAAAUUCAUGAACGUUACUUGAGGAAGGCAGUUGGAUUCCCAAAAUUGUCAGAGAAGGAGACCUGGGCCUCCUCACUCCCCAGUGUCCAAAAGGAAGAAAAGCUCCUGGCGAUACUGGUGAAUCAUGGGAUCCGCAGUGGGGUAUCUGGGAAUCUGGCUAUGGAAGUUGACGGUCUCCCAUUCUACAACGCCCAUUCUGACAUGAUCAAACAGCUUCUGGAGGUCACAAUUUAAUUAAGCCGCUAACACCAGGAGAAACUCACCUUUCGGUCGACCUGGCUGCUGUGACCUGAGGCUUCCUGCUGGGCUCAGGUGGAUCGCAGUAGUGGAGAAGGCCCUGGACCCAGGUUCUAUCCUCCUCGAGCGAGAAGUCCGUUCUGAGCCCUCCAUCUCCUCACCGCUUCCUCCAUGAUAAGACAUCCUAUUCUGCUUGGGACCAACAUCGACCAGGACUGAAGAACCAAACAGCACACACUCUAGUGAGCAGACCGUAAAUGGAGCGGAUACAAGAAGCCCUGACACAACGCACAACGGUGGAUGCCGACACUUAAGUGAAUUGUCCUUAGAAAACUGACUACAAUGUAUCAAAUAGAAUGGGUUUUUGAAUAUAUACAAUGUAACAAGAUUAAAACAUUUUUCACUUUACGGUAAGAAAUGU